AUGUUGCAGAUUGACGUCCUUCCCGAGGUAGUGGCUGCCGUGGGGAACAAGAUGGAGGUGUACCUGGACAGCGGAGUGCGCACGGGCGCUGACGUGGUCAAGGCGCUCGCUCUGGGAGCUCGGAUGGUCUUCGUGGGACGGCCGGUGCUUUGGGGACUCGCGUACGACGGCAAACAAGGUGUCGACAAAGUGUUCCAGAUACUCAGGCAAGAACUGGAGAGGACCAUGCAACUGAUCGGUUGUUCCGACAUCAGGCACCUGUGCGAGGACUUCCUCUUAAGAAAUAACCGCUCUUUGGUGCAUUGCAAUUCAUGUAAACUUUGAAGAUGUUGAUGGAUUGGUUGUACAGCCUGGAGG